AGGAUUAUGUUAACCUAGAAAAAGUUUAACCGUUAAUGGCAGAAAUUGAAGAAUAAAAUAGCCCGACAAGAGUUUGACAAAAACAUGAAUAAAUAGUUAGCGAUGAGAGUGGCAUUUGUAGAUUAUUUUAUUUGAACAGUAGAAGCGGGGAA